UGUUAAAUACCGACAGAAAGGACCGAAUGUUUACGAUCGUUCGAAAUCCAUUACAGUUCCAAUAAGAAAUAAUAGCGAGGUUAUGAUGAGAUAACUCUACCGUCAAUGAAAGCGUGUCUUCGUUCUCGAGAUGGAAGCUGUAUUCAUCAGCUUCGACAACCGCUUACUACCAUCGGUUGUGAAGGCAGUGAUGUUAUUAUCCAGCAGUGUUCCAAUGUGGAGCGUCAGCAUGCUGUUAUUGAAUAUGAUGAGACAGAAGGUUGUUUUGUAGUACAAGAUCUUAACUCUGCGCAUGGAACUUAUGUCAAUGAGUGUCGUGUACAAAAUGCAGCUGUUAGACUUGCUUCUGGAGAUAUCAUUAGAUUUGGAUAUGAAAACACAGGAUUUGAAUUUCUUGUUGACUCCUCUGGUCCAGUACACUACCCAACUUUGGCAGUAUCAAAACCAUGGGAAUCAUACAGGCUUCGUGUGUUACCAUCUCCUGUGGCAUCAAUUCAAUCCGGGGUGGUAACCUCACUUCCUUACAUCAGCACCAGCACUACCUCUAGCAGUGAAGGGAUGCAGUUGUUUUCAAGCUCUCAAGCUGUAAGUUUACCACCUGGCACUGGGAGCUCAAUAACAGAGUUAAGGGGAACUUCUGAUACCAAGGCUAAUGUCAUGCCCCACCCACCCCUGAGGUCACGACCCACUAGUGCUGGUGCAACAAAGGCACGUCCAAGCUCUGCUGGAAGGGAAAGAACUGCUGCCCCCCCUGUCACAAGAGGUGGCUGGGUGAAUGGUGUAAUGCAGACAGCAGGGGAAAACUCUGUCCAAGAAUUGGAGGAACGUCUGUUACGUAUGGGUGAUGAACUCAGCCGACUGGCUUCAUAUGAAGCAGAAUGUCAUCGAAAGGAUGGAGUUAUUGCUGCUCUUAGAGAUGAGGUUGUUGAUCUUAAGGGAGCUCUGCAAUCCAGUGGUGGUUUAAGAGCUGGAGGUGAGGACUCUGCAUUUUCAAACUCAAGUAUUAUUUUACAACUGCGAGAGCAAGUGUCACAGUUACAAGGAAUUCUACAAGAGAAAGAAGAAGGUGAAAAGACAGCAGCACAGAAGUUAGCCAUGUACCAAAACCAACUUCAUGCCAAGAACAAUGAAGUAGCCUCACUGAAGGACCAACUACAAAUGCAGACAAAAGCUACAGGCUGGGUGAAAACAGAUCCGAACGCCACCACGAACAAGAUUGCCUCUUUACGCACAGAAAUAGCUGAGAAAGAGCGUAGGAUUGCCCAGCUAACCAACGACAAUGAAAAACUGAACAAACAGAAAAUGCAGUCCACCACUUUACUGAAUGGUUUACAAAGAGAGAACUCAGCAAAGGAUGCACUGGUUCACCAGGCUAAGAAUGAGAUUGAAAAACUCAAAAAAGAACUCCGUGAAAAAGAUUCAACAAUUUCUACGAUGUCUGCGAAGCUGGCGCGACAGAAGGCUGCUAAGGAUGUGGAAAAGGAGGCGCAGAAACUACAGCAGGAGCUUCAUGCUAAUAAAGCGAAACUUCAAAGUACGGAGAAGCAGUUAAAGGAGAGGAUAAAAACCAUCGCUGAUUUGGAGCACGAAUUAGAGAAAAUGAGAGAUCACCUUAGCAAUGGGCAACAGAGUGAUAAAGCAAUUCAACAAGAGCUGGAUCACGCCAAAGCACAGUGUCUUGACGCACAGAGAGCUGAAAAACUGCUCAAGGUUGACUUUCAUCAGUUGGAGAAAAGAUUUGAUCGUUUCCGGCGGAAAUUGAUAGAGUAUACAUUUAGCGGUGGGAUUCCGAGAACAGUUGAUCAUGAACUGGACGAUGAUGAACUACUUGAUCACGUUAGACAAUUGACUCAAGAGAAACUUUCCCUGGUGGAAGAGAUAAAGCAGUAUGCCAGUUCAGAAAGCGAGAAAGAAGCACAAGAUAAGGAUUUCAAGGAUUCUAUCGGAGAAAUGCGGAAACAUUUAGACGGCAUGGCGAAACGGUUGUGGAAAUCCGGUCGAUCAUGUAAUUCUCUGGAAGAAGAGCUUACCUUAGUCGAGGAACUAACAACGCAUGAGUCUCUUUCUUGGAUUAAGGAUUUUGUUUGUAAAAUGCUGUCCGAUGAGUGUGCUUGGCAACAGAAGGCGGAAGAAGCUUUGAAGAAUGCAGCAGAUGAUUGUGAUUCUGAAACCUCUGUUAGCGUAGAAGAUAUGUGUCGUCAACUGCGAGAUCAGAAGGAAGAAUGUCGAAAGCUCAAGGGAAAAAUUGCUGAAAUGGAAGAAACUCACCAAGAAGUGAUGAUUAAAUUACGAGAAGACAUGAAGAGAGAGGAAGAAAAACAUAUAUCAAGGGCAGUGGCUGAGGUCAGGUCAGAAGAAGACGAAAAACAACAUGAAAUGAUCCAGGAAUACAAACUAAAGGAACGGGAAAGAAUACAAGCAGCAGUAGAUGCAGAAAGGAGAAUCAUGGAAUCACAGCAUGGAAGCGUUACACAGUUACAACAGCUGCUGAAUGAUCGUCAGAAAGAGUUGGAAAAUCACCGUGUUGCCUUAGCAACAACCAAAUCUCAAUAUGAACAAGCGAAAGAUGGAUUACAGAGAGCGAAAGAAACAGAGAAUCAUUUGCGAUCCCAGCUUCAAGAGCAAACCGCUGCGUACAAAGAACAGCUGGCUCGUGUUGAACGUGAAAAGGAGGAAUUAACAAAUUACAAAGAAGAAGAAGUUGCUUCUUUCAAGGAGCAAACUCGGCAACACGCUGUCACAAUCGUGGCAAUGGAAGAAAGAUUGUUGCGUCUGACGAGGCAGAAUCGACAGCUGGAGCAAGAGGCAAUGUAUGCCAAACAAAUGACUGGUAAGAGCCGACCAUCUUCUCCACGCAAAGAAGCCUCUCGACCCAGCUCUCCAAAGAAAGAACUAGCUAGUUCCUCCAGACCUCAGUCUCCAAGAAAAGAUCCAAAGCCACAGACAAGAUCAGUUGAGACGGAGACUGUGCCCCAGACUAGUGUAGAAGCCACACUUCAGUCUGAUGUCUAUAAAUUAGAGCAACUAGUUUUACUUCUUAGACGUGAAGCAGCACAAACAAAGAAAGAAGCAGAGAGCCAAGGAGAUGUCGUACAGGCUCUGAGGCGGGAUCUUGCAGGAGCUGCAGCACGCAUGUCAGACAUGGCUGGUGAACUAAGUGACAAACAAAAACAAAAACUUGAACAAUACGAGGAACGAAUUAAAGAGCAGGACAACGAGCUGGAGGAACAGAGAAAACAAUUAGUUCAGCUGUCUGCAUUAGUGGAUGAGCAGCAAAAAGAGAUCAAUUCAAGAGAGGAUAAACUCACUGAACAACAAAAGGCGUUAUUAAAGCAAAAGCGAGAUGCAACCAAGCAAGGAACUGAAUUAGUGCAGUACAAGGAAAAACUGGGAACACAGAUUGAAGAGCAAGAGAAGAAAUUACAAAUGAUGGAGAAAGAGAAUUUCAAGAUAAGUGAUUUACACGCCCAAGGUCUUCGGUGCCGAGGAGAACGACAUGAUCUGAUUAUAACUAGACAAAAGGAGGCUCUAGCGGACCUAAGAGAUCGAACAAAAACACUGGAACAACUGAAACCACCUCUUCCAAGCCAUGAGCAAGCUUUACAGCAGAUUGUAGCUCUCAAGAAGGAAGUCAGUGAACUUAGAGCGAAACUGGCCUCUCAAGAGGAAGAUUAUCACAAGAGUGAGGGUGAAAUGCAUGCUGAGCUGCGUCUUCGUCGUGAGCAAGCUUCAGCCAGCUUGGCUGAGACAGACGGAGAGAAAGGUGCUCAUAGACAAACUAAGGAAGCGUUGGAUCUCAGCGAGAAAACGUACCUUAAGCUGGCUCGUUCACUCGGAGCCCUUCUGGAGAUUGAUCCGGUCCCAGGCUGCCGCUCGAUGGCUCAUCUACCCGUGGAGGAACGAGAGAGAUUGGAACUUGAUAGGACAAAGGCCGUGGAGUUGAUGGUUUCUAAAAUCCAACAAAUGUACGAACGAAUGGAGCGAAAAAUCCAGUUGCUAGGGUCAUACGAGGACGACCUUGUCCAUCUUAGGGAUAGUGAGACUGUUGCUGGACAGAAGACGGCAGAGGCAUCAGGCUUGAAGAUGGAUGUUCGAAAUCGCCAAGAAGAAAUUUCUUAUUUGAGAGCGUCCAUGAGCAGACUAAGGGAAGAUUUGGAUCAACAGCGGAGGCUAAAUGUCUGUUUAAAGGAAAGAAAGAAAUUUGCGAUGGACAUGGAUGAAAGAGACACAAGGAAGUCGACGCAUAGUUGCUAUGUAGACGAGCAUACGCGUUAUAAGGAAGAACUCAAAAAGAAAAAGGCUGCAGAGAAACUGAAAAGGAAAAAUUACGAAAUAGAAUCGUUGAAAAAGGAAUUGAUGUCCGCUGACCGAGAAUUGAACGAGACCGCUGUCAAGUUGCAACUGCUGGAGUCAACUCGGAAUUUGACAAGUGCUCGAAGCGCUCAGAGUGAGGACAGCGCUAUUUUGGACUAUGAUGAAUAACGAUCACACUAACUCUGAUACGACGUCAUGUUGUCCUGGUUCCCGUCGUAAAAUGCCUCCUCUAGAACGAUUGAGGCAAUCCUGAAUAAAUUACUAAUUGCAGGAGACACUACGCGGGGUAUUGAAUGAUAUAACAUCUCGAAAUCUAAGCGCAAGACAAGUAGCUCGAGUGGCCAGUUGGUUUUUUUAUGGAUGGUGCUAUCGCCUGCAGGCGUACAAGCCUUACAGAGAAUAGAAUAAUCCUUAGAGACAUCACUCGCUAACGCAGGUCUGCCGCUUAUCCUAAGCGGUUCCAAGAGCAGAAAUACUCAGCCACCCGGGCUAUAAGACAAGUUAUUGUGUGACACAGUCAUUAUUAAGAUAUCUGACCAAGAUUCUGCGAACCGGUAGACUUAGGUAAACAAAAUUGAAUGUUAACAUUUUCGAACAAACAAACAACAAACAAGAAGAUAAACAAAAUUAACCAAGUUUAAUUAACUUCACUGUUUCCCUUUCCAAUGCGUCACGAUCAUGACAAAACCCACCUGACUGGAAAUUUUUCGAAACUAACUGGGACUUGCGAUGUAAAUACUUUCUAUAUUUACCUAUAAAUUCAUUCAUGGAAUGUCUUUAUUAAA